CCCACAAUUCCAAUCCUCUGGUAAUUGUCCACACUGCAACACUUACUACAUUGUCUCAUCCCCUUAACGCAUUUAUGGGGUGAACUUCCUAAGCUUAAUUUGCCGAUUAGAUCAUAGUCAUACCCUUCUACCACCGCCAUUCUAGUAGCUUCAUGCACGUUAUAUAAAUAAGGACACAUAUUUUAUCAACAUUCAUGCAUAUCUUGUAUUCCUUAUUAUAAAAGUAUUUCCAAGCACGACUAAAAACACCGUUUUUUUUCUCACACCGACAGUUUCAAGAAGCAAAGGAAGAGUUCACAUAAAUCAUGGUGGAGAUUCACGAAGAAAUCAACCCCUUUGAUCAAGAAGAAAAUGAAGACAUUGGAGAGGAAGAAAUCGACUAUGACCAGCUUAAGAAGCGGAUGUGGAAGGAUCGGAUACUGCUGCAGAAGAUGAAGGAGAAACGGCCCAAAGAAGAGCCAGUCCAAGAAGCAAAACAAGAAGCAUCUAGGCGGAAGAAGAUGUCAAGAGCGCAAGACUCGGUCCUCAAGUACAUGAUGAAGAUUAUGGAAGUUUGCAAUGCUCAAGGUUUUGUGUAUGGGAUUGUCCCUGAGAAGGGAAAGCCAGUGACUGGUUCUUCUGACAGCUUGCGUGAGUGGUGGAAAGAAAAGGUAAAGUUUGAUCAAAACGCACCAAGUUCCAUUGCAGAAUACUUGCCACUCCUUGAAAGAGAUGAGUUGGAUCCAAGUUCCUACAUACAUCUCCUUAACGACUUGCAAGACACUACUUUGAGUUCACUACUUUCUGCUCUGAUGCAACAUUGCAUACCUCCCCAAAGAAGAUUCCCUCUUGAGAGAGGCUUGGCUCCACCUUGGUGGCCCACAGGGGCAGAGAAUUGGUGGGGUGAACAAGGCCUUCUGGCCCAUGAACAUGGCCCACCUCCUUAUAAGAAGCCCCAUGACCUCAAAAAGGCUUGGAAAGUGUCUCUCUUGGCUGCAGUCAUCAAACACAUGUCUCCUGAUUUGUAUAAACUUAGAAGGUCGGUGACUCAGUCCAAGACUUUGCAAGAUAAGAUGACAACCAGGGACACGGCAACUUGGUCCAAGGUCAUGAACCAGGAAGAAACUCUGCUGCAACUGGCCAACAAGUGCCUCAAAAUAUCUUCAUCAGAGGAAGAUGAUAAAAACGAGUGUGAAAGCUCUACUAGUAGCAGUACUAUCAUCCAUGAAGGGAGUCAUUUAGGUGGCAGCAUUGAGAAAAGGAAGAGUGAUUUGGUGUUUGACUUAGAUGCUGUUAUUGAUAAGCUAUAUGCUUGCCAAUACUAUCAGUGUCCACAAAGUGAAAUGGGUAUGGGAUUUCUUGACAAAAACACAAGAAUGAACCAUGAGUCCCUCUGUGCUUACCGGACUAAUGAAGGCCAACGCGUUCUCCUUCAGGAUUCUCUAUCCAAUGACACACAAAAUGAGAAUAAUAACCUUGUUGGCCAUCUGAUUAAUGAUGAGUUUAGAGACAUUGCAGGAAAGACAUCAGAAGAAGAUUAUGGAGGCUUAUGGCCAAAUUCCCUUGAAGAUCUUGAUUUGCAAGCUGCACUGAAUCAGAUGGACAUGGACUUGAAUCCAAAUCCAGAGCAAGAUACACCACAUGGCCAAGACGUAACCUCAAUUUGGGACUUAGCCUACAAAUAUUAAGUUCCUCGCCCCAUGCUUGGAUCAAUUGUGCACUGCUAUGUUUAUACUAAUUAAUUAUAGAUUAAUUAUUUAAAUAUUAAUUAAUAAAGUACUGUCUCCUGAUGUAAUACAAGAUAGCCUUUAGCUCCGUACAAAUACUAUAAGUAUUUCUUCUUAA